UGCAUGCUGGAACCCAAAGGAACAAUGGCUGUGACAGCUGGCUCUGUGUGACACUUCCGGAGAGAUGGCUCUGUGUGACACUUCCGGCACGAGUGCUAUAGGUUUGCCAUCAUGGACCUACGGAAUAUGUAUCUUUCAGAAAGUUUGGAGCAGAAUUUCGAAGAUUUUCCCUGGAUCGUUUCAAGCCAGGAAAAUUCGAAGAUUUCUACAAACUUCUCCUUCACAUCCACCAUAUUUCUAACAUGGCGGUAAUGGUAGGCUAUGCUGACAUCCAUGGGGAUCUUCUUCCCAUUAAUAAUGAUGACAACUUCUACAAGGCUGUUUCGAGUGCAAACCCAUUGCUCAGGAUUUUUAUACAGAAACAAGAUGAAGCGGAUUUUGGAAAUUUUGGUUCAAACACCUUAACAAGGAAAAAGAAGGUUCUGGUGACCCUCCGGAAUGACAACCUUCGCCGGCGUCCUCAUGUUAAUAUCAGCAUGCCUCAGGACUUCAGACCAGUGUCUUCCAUCAUUGAUGUGGAUAUCCUGCCUGAAACUCAUAGAAGAGUGCGACUGUAUCGCCACGGGUGUGAGAAACCGCUUGGAUUUUAUAUUCGCGAUGGCACCAGUGUAAGAGUGACUCCCCACGGGUUGGAAAAAGUUCCUGGCAUUUUCAUCUCACGGAUGGUUCCUGGGGGGUUAGCCGAAAGUACAGGCUUGCUUGCUGUCAAUGAUGAAGUCUUGGAAGUAAAUGGGAUAGAAGUGGCAGGAAAAACCCUUGAUCAGGUGACAGAUAUGAUGAUUGCCAAUAGCCAUAAUCUUAUCAUCACAGUCAAGCCAGCAAACCAAAGGAACAAUAUUAUCAGAAGCAGUCGGAUGUCUGGGAGCUCUGGUCAGUCUACAGAUAGCACUGCCAGCCAUCACAGUUUGCCUUCUUCUCAUGUCCUGCAGAACUUCCACCCCGACGAAAUGGAGAGUGACGAAGAUGCUGACAUCGUAAUUGAAGGCUGCCUGGAACCACAGCCCAUUCCAAAAUCUCACAGUCUUCCUUCCAGUAGCCUUUCCCGAAUCAAUGGCAACAAUCUUAGCCACAGACUACAGAGAGACCUAGUAUUCAACAACAGCUUUGGACGAGAAAGCAAUGGCAAUAUUCACAAAAUUCUUAGUUCCUUAAAAACUGAUCCUCGUCAUAGUUUAGUUAUUCCCAAAGGAGGCAUUGAAGAGGAUGGAACUGUGAUAACACUUUAAUGGAUGCUUUUUGAGUUUUCUUUCUUUCUGGAAGUGCCUACUGGAACAAUUCAAUCUACAUGCAGAAGAGCGAGAACCAUCACUCUCAUAAAUGUUCUGAUGUGCGAGAUGUGUUACUUUCCAGGAAGGACAAUUUUUGUGAUUAGACAUAAAAAUAUUGUCUUGUUUAACCCAUGAAAAUUGUAAAUAUGAUUUCUGCUUCAUCAAUUAAUCUCAGAGGAUAACAGUUAGGUUAUCUUCCAAAAACUUAUUUUCUGCCACUAGGUAAUUGUUUCCUAGCUUUUUUUACACAAAAAAAUUGACUAUUGCACCUAAAUCUGGAAAAGCUGCCUUUAAAGAAUGACUUUCUAUCUUGACCAUAGUUGAGGGCAUGCUGCAUUUAUUCCUUCCCUCCCUCUCCUUUGGGAAUGAAAUGUUGACCAAAUGACUUUGUGUUUGUAUAUGUCUGUACUGUAUGUAUAAAAUCUUACAUGGGUGAGGAAUUGCUGGAAUAAUUUUUAAAUCAUCACCCCCUGCUGGUCAUUGAUGAACUGCAUAAACUUGAGUUUUCUGUUUAUUUGAAAAAGUUGCAGCAUGAAUGCUAGUUUAUUAAUGCACCACAAUAAUAUGGGAUGUGCAUUAUAUUUUUAUUGUUAAAAUAUUUAUUAGACAGAUACUCCCAUUUUUGUGACCAUUGAUUUCACCUUCUGAUUUGCUAACAGUACUGAAUAACUAGAACUUAGAAUCAUAUUACAUCUAUGUUCUAAAGUAACAUAAACAAUUCCACUAAAUUUCUCUAAUGAUUUAGAAUUAAAAUGAAUUCACUGAGUCUUUAAUAAUUGAAAUAUUAUUUUGGGGGGAAACCUAUAUUACUUGUUUUCUAAACCUUGUUGAGCUACCUAUCCUCAGAAAUCUAAAAUACCAGCAGCAUUGUAAGACAUAACAGACAAGCCUAAAAGAGUCUUGCUCUCAGCUCUGCUUUUCUAUUCUGAAAUGCCACAAAUUGUUCAAAUGGUUUAUAGAGAAAAUAUGAAUAUAUUCCUGAGAUGCCUAGAAACAAAAUAUAAAUUGUUUUACAGUGUAUUUUUCUACUUUUAGCUUUUUUUUGUUAUUUACUGUAUAUGAUUGUGUAUUAAAGUGUUUCCAAAGGAAUGGGCUUGGUUUA